GCUUUACGUUUCACGCAUGCGCAUUAUGUCAUCUCGCUCACAUUUUUCCAUGUGUUUUUGAGGCUAAUUUGAGCAGAAUCAGUUGUAAAGAUUGUAAUUCUGGAAAUAUAAGGUGUCGUUUUCUCAAUAUGGGAGGACAAGCUAAGGGUAAAAAGAAAAGCAAACCAAAGAGGAAAGACAACAGGACAGGCAAGGAUCCUGGAAUUGUGGCACUAUCACCCCAGGACAGGAUGAAAGUGAGAAUGCAUGUGAAGGCAAAGAAGAAAACAGCUGCCAAGUACUCUGUUGAACAACUCCUAGAAAAGACAGGAGAAUGCAUGGACAGUUUUGAUUUUGAGAUGGCUGGGCUCUACUGUCAACGUGCCCUGGACCUGGAGUCCACCAACCUGCAAGCUCUUAAUAUGUUGGGACACAUCUCCACUGAGCUUGGAGACACACAGAAAGCUAAGGGAGUUUUUCUUCGUGCUGUGGAGCUGAGCCCUGAUGCAGGCCACAGUAAGUACAUGUACCUGGGUCAGAUCCACACUGGCCAGGAGGCUAUUGAUUACUACACCAAAGGAAUACAAGUCCUGCUCUCUGCAUUGGACACACAAGCACAGACCACUGCCCAUGCUGAAGCUGCAGCUCCUGUCAUUGAAGACCCUGAACUUCCGACCAUGAAGGAUGCUAGCGUGGCGUACUGCUCCAUCGCUGAGAUUUACCUUACAGAUCUCUGCAUGGAAGACGGAGCUGCAGACAAGUGCAGAGAAUUCAUUGAGAGAGCAUUACAGUAUCACCCUGGCAACCCUGAGGCCCUACAGCUCAUGGCCAGCUACCUGUUCAGUACAGAGAAAAAUAAGGAAGGCAAAGAAUACCUGUUGAAGAGUGUCCGCCUGUGGCUGCCCACCCACAAACAGACCACAGCUUCCACCAGCCCUGGAGAAGAUGUGCAGAACGAGAUCCCGCCAUACGAGUCGCGUAUCACCACAGCCAAGCUACUCGUCGAGGCAGAGGAAUACGAGAUGGCAGUGGAAGUAUUGGAGGGUCUCCUGGAGGAGGACGAUGAGGUUGUUCAGGUGUGGUAUCUUUCCGGCUGGGUGUGCUACCUUCAGCUAGAGCGGGCCAAGGAGCAGGAAGAAAGAGAGGGACGCGCAGUGAGCCAGGAAGAAGAAGAGGAGAGGACGGCGCUGAAAGAGGCGGCCAGAUUGCACCUGACUAAUGCUAAGAAGCUGCACAGCAAGCUGCACUGUGACGACCAGCCCGUGUUGGAGCACAUUGAGCAGCUGCUGAGCGAGCUGGGAGGAGAGAUGGAGGCGGAGGACGAUGAUGCGGGCGUCGACGAAGACUAUGAACCUGCUAGUGAUGAUGAGGAGGAGGAGGAGGAGGAAGAGAAGGAGGAGACACCCAUGGAACAUUAGCCGCACCCCCUUCUGACCUCUUGUCUGCUGUCUUAUUUCUCUUUUAAGUGCCUUUACAUUGGUUACACCUGCUUGUAUUCAAGCAAGUUCAUUAAAAGCUGCAGUUUAGUUUAAGUCUCUCUUCUCUUAAAAAAAAAAAAAAAAGUUUUUAUAAAGUUGUCAAAAACGACUAUGUGCAUGCAACAGUUGGCACGGCCACUUUGAAAAGAACCCCUUCAUGCAUGCACACCAACUAGCUUGUCCUCAUGUGUCUUAUCCAGAAGUGGGUUUUUUAGGGUGCGUUCACAUUUGUUAUGUUUGGUUUGGUUAAAAUGAAUUCCGCUAAUAAUUGAACAAGUGAGCCAAAUAUACUCAACAAAAAUAUAAACGCAGCACAUUUUUCAUGAGCUGAACUCCAAGAUGUAAAACUUUUUCUAUGAACACAAAAGGCCUAGCGCUCUCAAAUAUUGUUCACAAAUCUGUCUAAAUGUGUGUUAGUGAGCAUUCAUCAUUCAUGAUUCAUAAUCUAUCCACCUCACAGGUGUGGCACAUCAAGAUGCUGAUGACACAGCAUGAUUAUUUCACAGGUGUGCCUUAGGUUGCAC